CCCCUAUCAACCUAACCUCAUUUCUUUGCUUUUUUUCCCUUUCUUCUGUUGGUUAUUCCUUUACGGUUGUCAUUCCCUUUUAGCCUCGGGGACUUGUCCGUUUGUCCCUCCAAAUUACUCCAAAUUAUUUCAGUGCCCGCGAGGGGCAGCCCGCAUUUCGCUUGCUCGACAAGCGCAACACCCGCGCCUAUCUAUCUGAAACGGCCCUGUAGCACGGCUGGCAAGAGCCAGUCUGCCGAUUCAGCCACUUGCCCGUUCUUUCAGCCCCCCUGUCGAAUCCCCUCUCCAAAUCCGCGCCGACAAUCUCCGUCCUGUUCAAUCUCUCCAUCGCCGUGCGCUCGCAAGCAUCGAGCGGCCGAAAGCGCAUGUACCGUCGCGACCACGAAUCGCCUGUAUACACGUCUGUGGAACGUGUCUGAGUAUCCAGUGCCGGAUCUAUAUUUUUGAGAGAAUCGGGAACGACUGUCGACCUUUCGCUGUGAUUUAGACAAGGGGUUUCAAGAUGGACACUCCAAGCUAUCCAGACUCUCCCAUGGAGCAGGAUGAGUCCUAUCCUUGCAAGGGUUGUGGAGAGACGCUAGAAGAAGGGAAAGCCUUUGAACUUGCUGGAAACAGGUGGCACAUCGAUUGCUUUCGCUGCAGUACCUGCAGCACCCUCCUCGACUCAGAUGCACACCUCCUCCUGCUAGGCGAUGGAUCCCUUAUCUGUAGUAAUUGCACGUAUAGCUGCAGCUCCUGCAAUAACAAGAUUGAAGACUUGGCCAUCUUGACUGGAGAUCAGGCGUUCUGCGCUCAAUGCUUCAGAUGUCGAAACUGCAAGAAGAAGAUUGAGAACCUCCGUUAUGCGCGCACGUCACAAGGAAUCUUCUGUAUGGAUUGCCAUGAGUCUUUAAUGGCAAGACGGAGGAAACGAAAAGCUGGCGCCAGUAGCAAGAGGCCAACAGGGCCUAAUGUGAAGCUGGAUAAGUCAUUGCCUUCCUUGCCUCCGAGCAUGGAAGAGGCAUCGUUGAUGGACGAAGCGCCGAGUGAAUAUCCGGAGGCAAUGACGCCUGAUCCUGGCCGAAUGGUGGGAACACCAGAUGUGAAUGAGAGGCCGGAGAGCUCGACUUCAAAUCAGGCAGCGGACAAUGACAAUCUUAUUCUCCCGUCUAGCACAUACCGAAGCAGUCGGCAGUCAAUGGCGCGGAACACUGAUGCAGACGGUGGUGAGCUACUAAUUCCUCUCGCCUUUGAUCCAUCGGCCGAAGGUCGUUCUUCCCGUGGUCAUUCGCAAACACGACAAGAGCCUCCCCGUGACUAUUUUGGCCAAAUGAGAUCUGGUGAAUCCUCACACAGGGCCUCUCGCGACGGACGUGAAUAUAUGCAGGAGCUUCCCUCUCGAACCUCUUCCGAAAAUCCCUCUCCUCAUAUUGCCUACCAGGAGAAGGGCUGGGAACGAAGCGAUAGCAUUUCACCCGACAAACCUCCACAAACUGCCGAUUCAUCCAAGCCUGCAAAGUCGAGCUCAGUGCGCAAUUCCAUCGACAUCCCUAUCAGCUUUAGAGAAACAAGCAACUUCUCCGAAGCUACCAGUCCCGACAGGAUCGGAUCAAAGGAAGCCUCCAGUGAUACAAAACGACAGGUGCCUUUGGACAGCAUCACUUCAGCACCGGCUCGUCCUUCGAACGAACUUCGACGUCUCCACGAGAAUGGCUCUAUGGACUCUGCCCGCUCCCAGCCCUCUAACCUGCCGCAUCUGCCCAAGCGGGGUGAUUCUCUCGAAGGCAGACAUCAUCAACUUCCUAGAAAGGAGGUCGGAUCAUCUCCUGCCUCGUCGCAAUACGGAGACUCACCGAUGCUACGGAGUGAUACGUUCCAACCACCCUCUCAAUCCGCUCCUUUGAAUACAUCUCACCUUGAUUCGCACUCUCAAUUGGACGGCGCGGGCUCGCCCUCCUUGCUACGUUACAACAGCGGCGGUGACUUCUCCAUGGAUGAAGAGUUGUCUCGGAUCAUCGGCGGUGAUGAUCCUGUUGGCCGAGAGAGUGAAUCUUUCUUGCGUCGUGUUUCAAACUCCGUUCGCCAUGGCCGAAGCUACAGUGAGAAGAGCCUACGUGGGGGAAGAGACAUCAAGACUCCCCAGUCUCCAGCCAACGGAAGCCAAGCUGGCGCCAGCAUUGGUAGUCCCACAGGUUCUCAGGCUGAGGAAAUUUCCUGGCUCCGAAAUGAAUUGCGCAAGGAACGACAACGUGUUGUGGAACUGGAAUCAGCUGCUCGUGCCACGGCGAACGUCAAACAAGUCAACACUGAGCUUUCUGAGAAGCGCUCCACCAUGGUUGUUCUCGAUGCCCAGCGCGAGAUCGUUUUGCGGGAGCUCACAGUUCUCACCGACCACAUGGAAGCGGAGAAGCGCGGCGGCACCAGUGGUCCAUUGGACCUUGGGAAACUCUCGAACCAUGUGUUGCGGGAGCUGGCCGAAUCAAUUCAGAAGCUGAAGGAAUCCUAUGCCCCGCAGAUUGAGGAGCUCAUCCAGAAGCGCAACGACCUGACCGAGGAACUUGAAUCCAUGAUCAGUCAGAAGGAGAAGACCUUCCAAGAGUUCGAGCAAUUGUCGUCAAAGAAUGCUCAACUGGCUGAGCUAAACAACCAGCUUGUUCAUCAGAUCCAAGAGCUCUACAAAGCCACUGAGGGUCAGCCACGAUCCAACGGUCUGGGCAUUUCUCACAACAAAGAAAAGUCCACAACUUCCAUCGAGGCUCUGAAGCCUGCCAUCAAUGACCUUCAACCCUCCAUCUCAACUGCCCACAUCACAGAAGAAUCUGAACCUGCUACCGCUACGGUCGUUCCAGGGCCUCAGGUUGUCAGCAUUCGCAAGGGACAGCCCCGCAAAUUCAACUGGAAGAAGGGUGGCCAGAAUGUUGCCAAGGGUGUUAAGGGUCUCAAGGGGGCCUUCAUGUCUAGCGAGGGAGAAGCUGCCGGUGGUCUUCCACGUUCUCAGACUCAGGAUCCAAGUCGUCAAGGCUUUGGGUUCUUCGGGAACCAGAGGCACAAGCAGGGAGGAAAGAUGUCUCAGGCUGACAGCGUGCCAGUGUUGGCUGAGGUUGCCGGUGAUGCUCUGUUUGGUACUGAUCUAGAGGCCCGCAUGGAACACGAGAAGAGCAUCAUUCCCGCCAUUGUCACCAGGUGUAUCCAAGAAGUUGAACUUCGAGGUAUGGACAUGGAGGGCAUCUAUCGCAAAUCUGGUGCCGCUUCCGCCAUCCAAAUCAUUCGCGAAGGCUUCGAGCGAUCUCCAUUCGAUUAUGAUAUUUCCGACCCCGACCUCGAUAUCCAUGCUGUCACUUCUACUUUGAAGCAGUAUUUCCGCAAGCUUCCCAACCCGUUGGUUACCUAUGAUGUUUACGAACUUAUCAUCGAUUCCGCCGAAAUUCCCUCCACGCAGGGACGCAUUGAGCUUUUGCAGAAGAGUCUGCUGGAGCUGCCUCGCGUGCACCGUGACGUCCUGGAGUUCCUUAUUUUCCAUCUCAGACGUGUUGUUGAGCGUCACGAGGAGAACCUGAUGACCAGCCAGAACGUUGCUGUGGUGUUCGCGCCAACUAUCAUGCGCCCUGAAUCUCUUGCCCGUGAGAUGACCGAUGUCCAGAAGAAGAAUGAUGUCCUCAAGUUCCUGGUGGAGAACUGUCAGGAAGUCUUCAUGGGCAUGCAAGGCUAAAGCCGAUACUUCCACCCUUAUCCUUACCAUCAAUUUUAACGAUCACGCUGCCAAUCAUCAUUUAAUCCAAUCCUUGGUGUGGUUCCGGUGUUGACUAUUUUUCCGCAAACCCCAUGCUUUACUCUUGAUUCAAUGUCCGCUCGCCUUGCUUGUACAGAUACCACCGUUACUUUUUCCCCUUCCUCUCAUACUUGGUUCAUGAUCAGCACUGUACGCUUGAUACAAAUACCCUGUGAUGCCUUUUCUUCUGUUCUCCCUUUUCCCCAACUUCUCCCUACAUAUUCCGCAGGUUCGAAGCUAGUCGACUCCCCGUCGCAAUGAGCUUUGCUAGCUGCUUCCGGGCCCAAAAUUCCUUAUUCUUCCCUGGGUGGUUUAUGUCUCUCCUUUCCCCACGUUGGUGUUUUAUUUUAUUCCAACUCUCAACGAGCGUUAGGUAGUCUUCUAGCGUUAUGCAUCUCGAUCCAGCAGUUCAAACGAUAUGCUUCGGUGGAUGAGAUAGUUGCAUAGAUUUAGAAAGACGCCAUGAUAUUACGAAUACAAUUUCCAC